UCAUUAAAUAUCGAUCUGAAAUACCCAGGCCAUUUUCGUCGUCGUCCGAUUGCUUGGUUUGUGAAUUCAAGAGUACUGUUGUUUGUCGAUAUGACUACAGUAGCUGCACCACCAGCUACGAAAAAGGUUGGAUUAGAGUCCACAGAAACACCAAAGAGAAUCCGUAUCACUUUAACGAGUAAGAACUUAAAAGCAGUGGAAGGAGUAUGCCAAGAACUUGUCCAAAGAGGUAAAAUGAAUGGCUUGCGAGUCAGAGGACCUGUUCGAAUGCCGAGGAAAAUACUGAGAAUUACGACGAGAAAAUCUCCUUGUGGAGAGGGGACCAAUACCUGGGAUCGCUUCGAGCUCAGAAUAUAUAAACGAGUCGUGGACAUAUUCGCAACGGCAGACGUAGUGAAGCAAGUGACGGCAUAUGGAUUCGACUCGGAAGUACAAACCGAGGUUACUAUUAGUGAUUAGAACCGCGCAGCAAUAAAAUAAGCGUUGUUCAAGUUUUACAUACAACUUAUACAAUAUGAUUUGGGUGGUAUAUACAUCGAUGUUGA